AAAGACACAAGACAAAAAAUAGGUUUUGUAUCUUGGUUUUAAAUUGCCAAUAUACUAUUUGUACAGCAUUAGAAUGUGCUGUGCACAGGUGUGAAUAAGACUUCCCACGUACACCUGCAGAGGGCAGUGAGUCCUAGCUUUCUAACUGUUCUCAGGCCUGUCUCUCACAUACAAAUCAAUAAAACAUAUGUUAGUUAUAACAAUCAUAAAGUCACUCACACACAACUUUAAAAAGUAUUUGGUGGUUCAAUCUGGUUAAAAGCAGGUAAAUGCCCAGCAGUUACUGUUAUUGUAUGUUUAGGCUUACAGGGAUAUUUUCAUUUAAUCGAAUUAAUGGUCUUUUGUACUGUCCCAUGAGAAUGUUUUCACAUCCAUCUGCUGAAAGGAGUGAGCAAGUAACUUUAAAUCACGGUUUAACACGUGCACAUCGCGGCGUUUGUUGAAUCACAUCGGAUCAGGGCCCCAAACGAGGUCCUCGCGAACCAUAUUAUUGUCAUAUUAUUAGGCGUUAAAACUCCGAUCCGAACAAUAUUUGACAUUUUACUUUUGUUGGUUUAUUGAACUUUUGUGUAAAAACGUCAAGAAAGACGAAAUAAUACUCAAGGACGAGUCAUCAAACCCGCCAGCAUUGGAUCAACUAUUGUUGUCAUUGUUCACACGUACGCAAAAUAUCAAAUAUACCAAACGUCUCAGGUGCAGCGUUGUUUAAUGUUUUAAAAUGUUAAACCCUGUACCCUUCGAUAGCUCAGUUGGUAGAGCGGAGGACUGUAGGCUGAUAUUCAAUGUGCAAUGAGCAGGUAUCCUUAGGUCGCUGGUUCAACUCCGGCUCGAAGGAGGUUUUUAUCUUUGUCCGUUUUGGAAGAGUUGUAUGGCCCUUAGUGAGAGUGGAAUAAACAGGGAUUUUACUGAUGGCCAACCACUGCUUGUCUUCUUUUUUUUUUUUUAACUUACCGUCAAAUAGGUCUAAAACGCACGAAGGUUCCUCAUUCGUGGGAGGUGCCUUCAACGAGAGCCUGCAGGCCGCGCGUGUUGUAGAGUAUCGCGUAGUAUAAAUAAUCGGUUCGGAUGUGAGGACUGUGAUCUCCACGUCCAGAUGUCCACGUGAUUGAUUGGCGACACUGAUUCCACACACAAUGCCUGCGUUCUUGCUUUUCACCGUGUUCUUUGUUGAAACGAGUCUAUCGGUGGCGUCGGGACUCGGUACCGGAUCCAGUCCCGUCUUCACGAACCACUGGGCGGUGCGGAUCGCAGGGGGUCAGAAACAGGCUGAUAAGAUCGCGGCGAAAUAUGGAUACACCAACUUUGGACAGAUAGGAAGUCUGGAGGGUCAUUACCAUUUCCACCACAGCAGAGUGGUCCGCAGAGCUGCAUACUCUUUGAAGGGCCCCCACAGCUUCAUCCAUAUGGAUCCUGAGGUGAACUGGGCUGAGCAACAGGUGGUAAAACACAGAGUAAAGAGAUAUGCUCAAAGGGACCCCAGCUUCAUUCAUUUCAAUGACCCUAAAUGGUCCAACAUGUGGUACAUUCAUUGCAAUGAUAAGAACAGCCGUUGUCACUUGGAGAUGAACAUUCUGGCUGCCUGGCAGAGGGGCUACACAGGAAAGAAUGUGGUGGUCACCAUAUUGGAUGACGGCAUUGAGAGAAACCACCCCGAUCUUGCACAGAACUAUGAUCAUCUGGCAAGUUAUGAUGUCAAUGGGAAGGACCAUGACCCGACUCCACGCUAUGACUCCCGCAAUGAAAACAUGCAUGGAACUCGGUGUGCGGGUGAAGUUGCUGCAGUGGCCAAUAACUCCCAUUGUACUGUUGGGAUUGCCUAUAAUGCUCAUAUUGGAGGGAUUCGGAUGCUGGAUGGUGAUGUGACUGAUUUGGUGGAGGCCAAGUCCCUUAGCAUCCGACCUGACUACAUUGACAUCUACAGUGCCAGCUGGGGGCCAAAAGACGAUGGCAAGACAGUGGAUGGCCCCGGGCUGCUCACUAAGCAGGCCUUUGAGCAGGGCAUUAAGAAGGGGCGCAAAGGCUUGGGGUCCAUUUUUGUCUGGGCGUCGGGUAACGGGGGUCGACAGGGGGAUCACUGCUCAUGUGACGGUUACACCAGCAGCAUAUACACAAUCUCCAUCUCCAGCACCACAGAGAACGGGAACAAGCCCUGGUACCUCGAGGUCUGCAGCUCCAUCAUUGCUACAACAUACAGCAGUGGAGAGUUUAACGAGAGGAACAUUGCAACCACCGACCUCCGGCACCUCUGCACCGAGGGUCACACCGGCACAUCCGUCUCUGCCCCCAUCGUGGCGGGGAUCGUAGCCCUCGCUCUGGAGGCCAACCUUUUGCUGACCUGGAGGGAUGUGCAACAUCUUCUGGUGAAGACAUCUAGACCGGUUCACCUGAAAGCUGAUGACUGGAAGACCAAUGCUGCAGGACUCAGAGUCAGCCACCUGUAUGGUUUUGGCCUUGUGGAUGCAGAGGCCAUGGUGCUCGAAGCUACCAAGUGGAGGACUGUUCCGCCUCAGCACACCUGCAGUCGGAUGCCUGUGAGACGCAACAGGUACAUUCAUGCUGGCCAAAGUCUGAACAGCACCAUUACCACCUCUGGGUGUUCAGAAGAACCUGAGCAACACGUGGAUUACCUGGAGCAUGUGGUGGUGAAGGUGCUGAUUGCCCACCCACGGCGAGGAGACAUGGAGAUCAACCUCAUCUCUCCGUCUGGGACAACAUCACAGCUGCUGGCUAAGAGGUUGUUUGACAGAUCCAACGAGGGUUUCAGGAACUGGGAGUUCAUGACGGUUCAUUUCUGGGGUGAAAGGUCACAGGGCUUAUGGACUCUGGAGAUUGUUGACUCACCAUCAAAACUACGCAACCCUGAGGUGCUGGGCCACCUAAAAGAAUGGACACUGAUCCUUUACGGCACAUCUCAGGACCCUUACCAGCCCCUCAGUGCUCAGCAAUCCCCUUCAAGGAUGCACGAGGUCACAGCUCCGCCGGAGACUGUGGAGGAACCAAAGCAGAAGGAGGAAGAAGAGUACAACGGGCCGUGCCACAGUGAGUGUGGAAACCAGGGCUGUGACGGACCCGAUACCGAACACUGCCUCAACUGCGUCCACUUCAGCUUAGGCAGCUUGAAAAGUGGCAGAACAUGUGUGAGCCACUGUCCACUUGGACACUAUGGAGACAUUGCGUCUCGCCGCUGUAGACGCUGCUAUAAAGGUUGUGAGGGAUGUGUUGCCAGCAACUGUCUCUCCUGUCAAAAAGGCCUUUACCUCAAUACACUCAACUCCAGCUGCAUCAACACCUGUCCCGAAGGAUACUUUGCUGAUGAGAAUCAGCGACAGUGUCUGAAGUGUCACGACACCUGUAUGAAAUGCCUGAGGUAUGCAGACAGAUGCACUGCCUGCAGCCACGGCUACCGUCUGGCAGGGAUGACUUGUGUUCCCGUAUGCACCAAUGGAACCUUUUUCCAUGUGGAAGAGAUGACCUGCAGCCCGUGCCAUUCCUCCUGUAGGACUUGUACAGGGCCCGGUAAGGAGCAGUGUAUCCAAUGUGCCGAGGGCUUCCUGCAGCAGGAGUGGAGGUGUGUGCAGAUCUGUACUCCUGGCUAUUACGCUGCAGAGGCAGCCGGAGUCCCUCACAAGAUGUGUUACAGCAUGUUCAAUACUGCCAUUGACUUGCUGCUUUUUCCUCACUCACAACUCUUAACCGGCCAGGUGAUAACAAAGCUGAGUGCAUCUGAAAUCCGCAGCCUCUCUUCAUCUCUGCACCCAGGUGUGAACAAAGCUGUCUGGGCUGCAGUGGCCCCGGAACAACUUGCACCAAAUGCAAAGAGGGUUACAAUCUGGUCGGCAGGACUUGUGUUGUCACUGCCUCCUGUAAUAAUGCCGAUGAGGCGUUCUGUGAGAUGGUCAAGUCCAACCGUCUCUGUGAGAAGAGGCUUUACCGUCAGUUCUGCUGCCGCACCUGUCUGAUGAACGGAUGAGGGGCCGAGCGUCCGUCCAAACUUCUUUGUCUUGCUCUCAAUCCGUCAUGAAAGGAGACGGAAGUGUCAUUGUUUUGUCAAAUACAUUUUGUCCCCAAAUGUCGAAUGUGUAGAAAACAUUCUGCUAAGAAAAUGAAUGGUAUUAUACAUGUACAUAUAAUAUACAUGUAUAAUAUAUUAUACUUACAAAAUGUAAUAAUAAAGUACCCUGAGCUUUUCAAAGCUGGA